AUGUGUACUGUAUGUGUGGCAGUUUCACUUGGUCAUCAUCACCCUCAGCCUUGCCUCGUACCUUGCAGUCCAAUCACCUCCCUCUAACCUGUAGGCAUUACCCGCGCGGACACGGCGGGACGCAAGACGGACUUCGCACAAGCCCCCAGCGCAAACGGAAUCUUCUUCUGCCGGGACUUUGAAAUGAGCACAAAGUGACAGCACCAUCAGCACCAAUAUUCAAAGGGCUAACAGUUGGUGCCUUACUCUUUAGCAUCAGCUAUAGCGACAGCUUCGGACAGCGGCGUUGCCAAUGAGAUGUGCGUGUAACUUGACCUGCCUGUCCCUGGGGAGGCCCAGCAGAGGAGUUGCGUUACACUCACUGUCAGACCUUAUACAUCUUUCAUCCGCUGCUCUCCGAACAGAAGCCCCCUUUGUCAUCUAAUCCAGCCGGAGGGGCUGAGUUUACUGCCACAAGACAGCUCUUCAGUCCGCCAGCCAGCCACUGGGCGACAGCUGAGGAGCAGCAGCAGAAGGACCCGGUCCGGCCCCCCUGGAUAUCUGCUAUCGGGGUUUCUCAGCCUUAGUCUUUUCAAUCCACUGGCUGGCACGCGGAGAGGGAUUUAAAGUCAACUAGGGAGGAGGGAGGAGGGGGGGGGCGUCCACCAAAGAAUGUAAAGGAUUUGAAUUUGGCCUCGUCUCUUCAGCGGGAAGCUUUAACAAAAGCCGGUCGGGCUGCAGAACUUGCACCUCAGAGAGCUAGUCGGGACCAUGGGUGACACCCUCAGGCCGCCGUCGCUCCAGGUGAGCGUCCCGAAGGACGCUCCUUCGUAUUCGGACGGAGGGCGCAACGCCGCGUCGGACGGCUCCGUGCGAUCCAGCUCUUCCACCCCGACGCUGAGGCGCAAGCGCUUCAAGAUGCGGCGCAUGAGGAACGUGCCCAGCGAGAGGGACGCGGAGGCGGCGCGGCUGGCCGUCGGUCACCUCAAGGCCCGUUCGGGCUCCAAGGAGUACCUGCAGCUGCCCUCCAUCGAGAUCACGCCGUCCAGCGACGAAGACGCUCUCUCCUCCUGGUCCAGCUGCUCCACGCCCAGCGCCUCGCCGCGACGCAAGCGCUUCCUGCUGAGGAAGUGGCUGAAGGUCCGACAGAAGAAGGAGCAAGGCAGUGAGAGCAGCAGCCAGCAGAGCAGCCAGCAGAGCAGCCACGAAGAUGACAGCGCUCGCUUCUUGACUCCUCUUAUCCGAGAGGAGAGGUCGGACAGUGCAGCGGACAAAAUCAGCACUGCCAGUAACUCAAACAAGAGCACGCCCGCCUGCUCGCCGGUGCUGCGCAAGCGCUCGCGCUCUCCCACCCCACAGAGCCAGGAGGGCGAGAACAUGGUGGAGAAGGGCUCGGACCACUCCUCUGACAAAUCCCCCUCCACGCCCGAGCAGGUCGUCCAGAGAACGUACUCCCUGCAGUCGGCGAGAAGCGGGGGAAAGAACGCCAAGAAGAGCCAAAGCUGGUACAACCAUGAAAGACAACACAUCCUGAGAGUGCUGAGCCCGACGUACAAGCAGCGCAAUGAGGACUUCAGGAAGCUCUUCAAGCAGCUCCCCGACACGGAGAGGCUCAUCGUGGACUACUCCUGUGCUCUUCAACGGGACAUCCUCCUGCAGGGACGACUCUACCUCUCCGAGAACUGGAUCUGUUUCUAUAGCAACAUCUUCCGCUGGGAAACGCUGCUGACAGUGCGGCUAAAGGACAUCUGCUCAAUGACAAAAGAGAAGACUGCCCGCCUCAUCCCCAAUGCCAUCCAGGUCUGCACAGACACUGAGAAGCACUUUUUCAGCUCUUUUGGAGCCAGGGACAGGACGUACAUGAUGAUGUUCAGACUGUGGCAGAAUGCGCUGCUGGACAAGCCUCUUUGCCCCAAAGAGCUGUGGCACUUUGUUCAUCAGUGCUAUGGCAACGAGCUCGGCCUGACUAGCGACGACGAGGACUACGUUCCCCCCGAUGACGACUUCAACACCAUGGGGUUCAGUGAGGAGAUUCCCAACGAAGAGAAUGAGAUCAUCAACGACAACUUGUCCAAGAGCAGCGCCGACGUUAAGCCUGAGGGGAGCCCGCCUCUGUUACACAGGAAGGUCGUCCCGAGCAGCACCCUGCCCACCCCCGGCCACCACGAUGCGCCCAUCACAUUCGACCUCCCGGGAGAGGAGUACGCCGACUGCCUCCCCGACGGCGAGCUGCUCGCGUUGCCCCUCUUGUUGGAGGAGAGGAACUUUGCCACCAGCGGGCCUGGUGGUCCCGUCCCCUCGCCGUCGCUGGACUUCAACGACAACGAAGACAUCCCGACGGAGCUCAGCGACUCCUCGGAGACGCACGACGACGAGGGUGAAGUGCAGGCCUUUCAGGAGGAUCUGAACGGCAGGCAGCACAUCAACGAGAUCUACAAGUUCAGCGUGGACAAGCUGUACGGGAUCCUCUUCACAGAGUCGCAGUUCAUGAGCGACUUCAUGGAGCAGAGGCGGUUCUCAGAUGUGGUGUACCACCCGUGGAAGAAAGAGGAGGACGGGAACCAGACCAGAGAGAUCCUGUACACCAUCUCGCUGUCCAACCCCCUGGCCCCCAAAACAGCCACAGUCACGGAGACGCAGACCCUGUACAAAGCCAGCCAGGAAAGCGAGUGCUACAUCAUCGACGCCGAGGUCAUCACGCACGACGUGCCCUACCACGACUACUUCUACACCCUCAACCGCUACAUGCUCACCAGGGUGGCCAAGAACAAGUGUCGGUUACGGGUAUCGACGGAGCUGCGCUACAGGAAGCAGCCGUGGGGGCUGGUCAAAGGCUUCAUAGAGAAAAACUUCUGGAGCGGACUGGAACAGAACUUCCGUCACCUUGAGUUGGAGCUGGCCAAGCUGGAGGAGCUGCUGACCGAGUCCCACCAGCUGUCCCCGAAGGCCAAGGUGGUGAAAAACUCCACGGUGAGGCGGAAGAAGAGGCCGCUCCCCCACAUGCGCAGUCAGCACCUGGACGAGGCGCUCAGCCCCGUUACCACGCCGACGGACGAGGAAGUGAUUCAGAGGAUCAAACAGGUGGCAGGCUCCACGCAGACCAGGCACCAGAGUCCAGACGCCCAUCACCUGCCGGCAGGCCUCGCUCUGUACAGCGUCUCCAAACUGCUGCUCAUCAUCAGCUUUGUCCUGGUCCUGCUGGUGUUCCUCAACAUGAUGCUCUUCUACAAGCUGUGGAUGCUGGAGUACUCGACACAGUCCUUAACAACCUGGCAAGGUCUGCGGCUUCACGAAAGUAAACUGCCCCAGACGCAGAUGGAGUGGGCCCAGCUCCUGGAGGCCCAGCAGCGUUUCCAUGACGCCGAGCUGCAGAAAUGGAGGGAGAUUAUCAAGUCGUCAGUAGUGCUGCUAGACCAGAUGAAAGACUCGUUACUGAACCUCCAGCGGGGCAUUGGUUUACGGGACUACAGCCCCGAGGCGGAGGAGAAGAGGAGUCGCUACCACUGACACGCCGCCAACAAGGCCAUGAGGGCAUGCUGUGCAAUAUACUGUAGGACCUGUUUUGUUUGUGAACCAGUAUGAGGGCAGCAGCAGGACAACAAGUAGAGGACCGAGGGAGCUGGUCCAACAGACACAAAGAGAGAGCGGCCCUCGUCUCCAGCGCACACAGAGGUUGAGACCUUCCGGGAGGAGGAAAUCACGGACAGAAAGUGCCCGCUUUCACACACGGGGGGGGACUGAGGUGUCCCCCACCAUCACUCGUGGUAAAGGUGCUCCUUCUCUACACCUCGUGGGAUAGACCGCGUUCUUCUGCGAGUGCAUCCUACCGUAAGCCAUGUCGAACCAGGGAGUCGCCGAGAGGAAGAAGGGAAAACUACUGCAUGCAUUUAGACAACCUAGCUACCCUCAGUCAGUGUUAAUGUGGUCCAGUUCCAGUCUAUGUGUGUCAAAAAACAAAAAAAGAAACGCAAAACAGAAGACGAGGGGAAACUCAGUCGAGGAAAAUGGGGAGGGGGGGGGGGGGGGUCUCUCUAGACUGUUCCAAACCAGUUGUCCCUCUAGAGGUCCGCGCUGCAGCGUCCCUUUAGUGAACCUCCAUGUGAUCAAAGUAGAGAAUCCUCCCACGACCAAAAAGGAAAAAAGACGAGCUGCAGCUGGGCAGCUCGGCUUCAGCGAUUAAGUCCAUGUUGCCUGGUUUGAACCUGGCCCCGUGUGGUCUCCGUCAGGGCGGGUUCCCUGUCAGACUGUUUAAAUAUUUAGAAGUAGGUUCUAAAGACAGACGAGAGCCGAAAGCCAGUUCUUUUAACGUUGUCCACAAUUCACUGGAUCAGUCGCUCGCCCCUGUCAUUGCAUUACUCGUCAUCCUUCUUCUGGGUUAGAAUGUAUCAGCCUGGAAAAAGAAAAACUUUGAUCACAGCUGACACGUUUUUGAAAAAAGGGGUUGCUGUAGCCAGACCAAUAGGGAGAUCUGUGUUCUUACAUGUUUUAUUACUAAACUGUGACUAUAUCUCUUUAAAAAUGUUUCAAAUUAGAAAGAAUUCUAUGAAUAUAUUUGAAAUAUAUAAGAAUAUUUCAUUAUUUAAUAUAUAUAUAUUUCAAAAUAUAUAAACAUUACCUAUAUUUAUUGUUAAUUUAUGUAAAUAAAGAAAUUAUCAGAGCUCUAGACCAGUUAAAGAAUUUCUAACAAAAAGUGUUUUCUUCAAAAAAUGCAUGCCAGAUAUGUCUGUGACAUGUCCAGUGUGCAAGUAUGAUUCUGCAUUUGCGCGAUUAUAUUUGCGUGCGCGUGAGAGUGUGUGUGAGUGCAUGCAUGCGUGCACAAGUGUGUGCUGUAAAGUGUGACAUUUUUACCAUUCCACACUUGUAUGUUUCUUAAUUUUUCUUUUCUGGCUCCUGCAGCCAGACUGCCUUUUUUAAUGCUAAUGCAUUUGGAUGCUGCCUUUGCAUUAGCCCCACCAGGGUACCGUUUACAAUUGAAGAGUUUGGUUCCAAAAUGACAUAUCCAACAUUCGACAACAAAGUCACACCUACUUUUACAAAAUGAUGGGUUGCUGAGACAAUUCCUGUUAAGUGUUUGACACAUUCUAAAGUAGCUUAAAUCCACAGUUUACAAAAGGAAGAAGACAGAAUUGAUCACUUAGACUUUAAUUCCAUUCUUUCUCGUCUACGGAUAAGUGACAUUUUGGAGAUGAACCCUUCAUUUGCCCUCUAUGAGCUACUCUUUGUUCCCGUCACCACAUUAGUGGUUUGACAACUCUUUCCUGAAAGGAAUAGUUUUAAAAUUCACUUUCUCGCCAAAGGUUGGAUGAAGUUUGAUAUCACUUUUACAUCUCUACGCUAAAUAUGAAGCCACAGCCAGAAGCCAUUUAGCUUAGCUUAGCUUAGCAAGCAAUCUCCUGCCUCUACUUUCUAGCUACUAGUUAGCUUAGCUUAGCAAGCAAUCUCCUGCCUCCACUGUCUAGCCACUAGUUAGCUUAGCUUAGCUUUGCUGAGCAAGCAAUCUCCUGGCUCUACAGUCUAGCCGCCAGUUAGCUUAGCUAACAGCUGAGAACCACCUAUGGUACGGACUGGUCAGGCUAGCUGUUUGCCCUUUGUUUCCAUUGUUUCUGAUAAGCUAACCAUCUCCUGGCUGUUGCUUUAUAUGUAGCGUGCAUAUGUCUCAGUGGAAUCAAUUUUGUCGUCACAUUACUCUUGGCAACAAAAGCAAAUAAGCGGUUUUCCCAAAAUGUCGAACUAUUCAUAAAAGCACCUACUUCAUCCCAUAUUAUACUCCCCCUUCCUCUUUGUCAAGUGUCUGUCUUGGAAGCAUGAAAAUGAACUUUACGCAACUCAAAUGAACCAAAAGAAAGAAGUAUAAAUGUAUUUCACAAAUGAUUAUAUUGCUGAGCUGGGCUUGGUGCGACAAAGUAUUUGUCCACAGAGACCAUUGAUGGCUAAAAGAGUGUUGAAAACACUUCCAAAUAAGUCAUUGUGUUAACAAAAAGAGGGAAAGUUAAGCACUUUAAGGCCUUUUCAGGUAACGAAUGAAAGAAAGAACUGGCAGCCGUUCAGUUUGGAUCUGAUCGCAUGCAGGGCUGAUGAAACUAUCUGUGAUGUCUUCUAGUUCAUUUGACAAUCACUGGGGAUUCCAAACUCAUUAGAAAGUCUGGUUUGAAUUUGAACCCUGCCCGUUUGUUGUCGCUUACAAGUUACUUCUGCACGACUAGAAUAGUUAUGCGUAGAUCUAUUCAACAUGCAAAUCUCUUUUCAAUGUCGCAUCCCAAAGUCCCAAUCUAAGGCCGGGACACUUUGUUGUCUAUUUCAGCGCAAAGCAACACGAGAUAUGUAUGAGGGGAAUUGCAUCCUUACUUUGUGCCUGCAUGGCGUGUUACCCACUGACUUAAUGAGAGCAGCAUAAAAACUUCAGGAUUGGACCCCUGCUGUGUGUGUGUGAAUAUUACAUUUGGAGAAGGCACUGAGUAAUGAUUAUGCAUGGAAAACUUUAAGAACUGAAUGUGAGUGGAAAUUUUUUCUGUUUUAUAGAAAUCACUUUCACAACCCUGAUGACACCGAAAGGUUAUAUUGAAGCUAUGCUUCUUGUAUGUGGAGGUACGGAGAUGUCACAUAUAUAUAAAUAUAUAUAUAUAUAUAUGAAAGUUUGAUUGAAAAGCUUUAAAGUGUUUGUUUUUAGGAACUGGAUUUUUCUUUUUUAGAUGCUUGAUAUUUUUUGGCUUUAAAAAUGGCAAAGCUUCUCAUACUGUAUUAAAACAACACACGGUAGAUACUUGAUUAGUUUGGUUGCGCUCUCCAAUUCUGGUUUUAUUGACUUUUAUUGACCAAUUCGACCUCGGGUGACACCUGUCUUCACAGUUAUGAGUUACACGAAUGAUUGUACGACUACUAUUGCUGGCUCAGUUGUGGAGAAACCCGACGGUCGCCGCCGUGUUUUGUCGACUAAUGACUUGUGCGCCGCGUCGACCGUGUUAAUUGGCAUUUGCCGCCAAACGGCAUCGAUUGACACCCAACCGGCUGAGAAGUGACCACUGAUCAAACACAUAGCAAAUGUUCCUCUUCGAGUGUGUCUUGAAAAAAAAAAAAAAACAUGUACUGGUGUAGUUCUGUUCAAAGAGAAUUCCACUGUUUGUUUUCUUUGUUUUUUUUGUUGUUUUUUUUUAGAAAAUGUUCUGAUCUCUAGGGAGACUUUUAGUGAAAUUUCUACAUGAGAUGAAUUUACUGUAAGCAUAUGUUGUGUAUAUCUGCAGUGUGCGCACACACACACA